AGUCGUACAUAGGUUUAGCCUAUACGACCGCAGCGGGGUUUCUCUCAUUCUCUAGACUAUGUGUUAAAUACCUGUGUAUGACACCAAAUAAGUGGAGUUUUCUAAAAAUGUGCUCCGGUGUCGUUAAAACAAAUUUUCAUUUAUUUUCUUUCCUUUGCAGUAUUGGACAAAACAACUAACCUUUUAGGCUAAUCCGUGACACUGUGCCUUUAACUUUUGUAAGCGACAUCAAUGGGAUUAUUAUCUACCCAGUGUGCUGAAUCACCGCUAUUUACUUCGGGACUGAAAGACAUUUCGGACAAACUGAGAAAUUCCAGAGAUUUUUUUUUAAACCGAAGAGUACUCAUCAUAUCUAGACUAAAGUCACUCCUGACGUGUCACUUUCAGGGUCAAAUCAUCGAAUGCUUACACGGAGAGGUGUAGCAGACGACAAACCAACAGAAAAAUGAGUCCAAAGUUGGAGCUGUACUUUUUUCCCUUCAGCCCACCUGCAAGAGCAGCAUGGAUGACUUGCAGUGCAGCUGGGGUACCAGUGGACAUUAAAUACAUAGAUCUUCUUAACGGAGAACAGAAAACGGCAGAAUUUAUAAAGAUUAAUCCACAACAUACAGUGCCUACUCUUGUUGAUGGCGAUUUUGUACUAUGGGAAAGCCGUGCUAUUGCGUGCUAUAUCGUAGACAAAUAUGGCACCGCCAAGCAGUUCUUGUACCCAAAAGACCUCCAUAAACGGGCGGAGGUGAAUCGGCUACUGCAAUACGACGCUGGUAAUGUCUGGAUCGGGGUUGUGGAGAACUGGGUUUAUAAAAUACACCAUAAGCCACCUCCAACAACAGAACGAGAGACGGCAUUCCACACCUGUUUAGACUACCUCGACGGCCUGCUCAAGGGAAAGCUAUACUUGAUGGGGAGUGAGCUCACAAUAGCCGACAUCAGCAUUUGUGCGUCACUGUCCAUUUGGGAGUCCAUUGAUGAAGACAUCAGUAGAUGGAAGAACCUGCUAAAAUGGUAUCAGCGAAUUAAAGACCAGCCUUUUUGGGAAGAAUGUAACCAUGGAAUUCAAGAUUUGAAAGAAUAUUACCAGAGAACGAAUGAACACAAAAAAAGCUUGGUGUGAAAACAUCAUGCGUUUUGUUUGAAAAGCAAACAAAACAGGUUUUCAACGAUUUUACAUGAAUGUUUAAACACUAAUUAUACAUUAGGGGCCAGGUAUACUUAAAUGAUGUAGUUUAGAUUGUCUGGUGAAGCAGAAUAUUGUUUUAAAUAACAGCAUAAUUUUCUUUUAAGAAAUAAAAGUUGAUUUCUUAAUUUAGUUCUGUAGUCAUACCACUGCAAUACCCAUGUUGUAUUGCUAUGCAAGGGGUAUGAAGCAAAGUGACUUUUUAAGAUUGGAAUUUUAUAAAGUUCAAUGGGAAAAACAAGACCACAAAUACCCACAUUGGCGGUCAAAACUAGAUCAUGAAUAAAUGAAUGAGCGAAAUUACAGCUUUAAGAUGACGGUCACAAGUCAAAAUGUGACAUCUUGAAGAGGUUUGACUAUAUACUCAUUUAAUUGCAAAGUAGAAUGUAGCUACCCGGUACUACUGAUUUCUGACUGAACAGUUGCUACUCCUUUCACCCAUUUACCAUUAUUUGAGGAACUUCAAAACAGAAGACUGGACAUUGACAUUAAACUCAGAGGGGGGGGGGGGGGGGGGGGGGAGUGCCCAUGGUAAUCAGUGGCGGAUCCAGAAAAUCCAUGGGGGGGGGGGGGGGCAGAAUGCCAAGGAGCUUUGAGGGAGAUAAUAAUUAAUAUAUAAUAAAAUUAUAACUGUAGCAAAAUUUAGAGGUGGCCAGAUCCCUGGGGCCCCCUAGAUCUGCCUCUGGUGAUUUGUGUCUGUCAUUUUGCAGCUGAUAGCAGUGAAAAGUGAGAUGUAGCUAGUCCAGAGGUAAAGCCUUUUCCUGAUGCUUAAUCGAUCUAGGAUUGAUCCCUAUUGGUGGACUCCUUCCAGCCAAUGCUACACAACUGAUGUCAAUCAGUCAACCACUGAAAAUUUAAUCAGGUCUGUUUUAGGCAUAUCCUCAAAAUUUCCCUCCCAGCUGAUGUGUCCAAAACCAGGUUGCAAUUGGCAUACCAAAACCCAUGGUAUGUACUUGUACUCUUCUUUUAAAAUGGGGAUAUAUAAAAAAAAAAUCCAUUACAGUUUAUAAUUUAAUAAAAAAGAGAGUAGCCCAUGGAGUGGCAGCUUAAGGUUUCUCUCCUAUCUCUGUAAUCCUUAACCAUAAAUCUACCACCACAUAACUGUAUUACAAAUAAAAAUGUAUUGAGUGCGUCAAUAAAUAAAAACCUUUCUUUCUU